AUGAAGAGAGCAUUAUUUUUGUUGAAAUUAUCUGUUUUAUCUGUGGUCGUUAGAGGGGGAAAUGUAUGUAAUGUUCCCCAUAGCAAAAACCAGAUUGAUUGGGAUAAGAUACCAAGAAAUUGGUAUCUUGCAUUCGACAAUGGAGAUCCUAUCACAAGUGACUUGGAGUGCAAAACAGCUCUGGACAUGAAGUUAACAACAACCGGGUACAAGUUUACCGCAAAGUACUUUGUGAACGGAAAAAAAGAGGGCGAAGUUGAAGUAACCAAAUAUCUUCAACCCAAUGGAAACUACAACAAUCUUUUUCCAAACGGAAAAUAUGUUUACAAUCGUAAUGGAAAAUUGAACAACGAAGCUGUCAUCGAAGAAAAUCGACUGAACAGUCGCGAAGGCGAGACAUUUCACUUAACGGACAAUGAAUCUUACUUCUUUCACAUUAGCUGCGAUGAAAAAGGUGGUUACAUCAUAUGGGCUUUUACUGCGACUCCUAAUCCAGAUGUUCCAACCAUUAUCAGCGCUAUUAACGCUCUCAGCGAUUUUGGAAUUCGACCGAAAUUCAAGCUUUCGGGAUGUUCCGACAAGUUGAUUGACUUUACAAAAUAAGCUAAAAGAAUUAUAUAUAUAUAUAUAUAUAUACAGUAUAUGUAUUUAAACAUUUAUACAGAAGAAAUUGUACCUUUGCAAUUGUAGUACCGUGCUGCUAUUUCUACCUUAAUUGCGAGUCUGUGUAAAUUUUCUGGAAAGAUAAAAGUAACCGGCCGUGUCGACUUAAUCCGGUUGACAAUUCGUAAUACUGUUGUUUGCUUGUAUUCUAAAGACAAAAUUUUACUUGUUGUUCUGCGUCAUUUGUUACUUUCAGGUCACCUGUACGGUUGUUUCGGGAAAUUGGAAAGAAACAUUUUUGGUUGUACUAGGAUAUUUUAUUAACUACAGCAGAUAGGUUGGCUUCCUGCAUCCCACUAAGUACUAUACCCAUACCGCAUGAAAAGGUC